AUGUCUGACCAGGGCGAGCCGAGACUGAAACGUGUUUACAGAGAGGACGGGGAGGGGUAGGUUUGUUUUUAGUCGUGCAAUCGGCGGUGAUGAUACUUUGUUGUGUGGGAGGUUGACGGGUCGUAUUGAUAUAAUGGUGACCCCCAAGGUACCCGAUGAGACCAGUCCGUGCCUCAGAUAUUGGCCAAACUUACGGACAUGCUGGCCGACGUUGGGCCUGGGUGACGUUGGCCUGUGGGGAGGUGGAAUCUAACGUGCCUCCCGGUCCACUCAGUUGACGGCUAAGAGAGUUAUGACAUUUUUUACGACAAUGCGCCAAACCUGCCGAUCCCAGGCCUUUUUGACUUUUAGGCGUUCAGGAGAUGUCCUCAGUGUAUCUGAGUAUCAUCGCUUUUGCCCACCUUGCCUGCGAGCAUUCGUACUGUCGUUCUGUUAAAAGGGGUGUAGGGGUGUCAGCGGUGGGUUCACGUGAAGGUCGUAGUGGUCGCUCACUUGCUUGCAGGUGAGACUACGCCUAGCGUCCACUUGCUGGCACUCAAGUCUCACCUGUGGCUCCACGUAGCUGGGCUCUGCUCAGCGGCCACACCCCGGGCAACCGCCUCGACCGGCGGGCUAAACCAGGUGAGGGCGGUUACUCCCUGUGCGCGUUGUGCCGCGUGCACAGGUGACUGCGGACGCCGUGGACGUUGGUCGGAUGGAACACCGCGUCGGCGCCGUCGUGAAGUGGCUUCGUCUACGCCGUUGGUCAACCGGUUGGGGAACGUCGCAUCGGCAUCGUAGAGACGAGGCUCCGCCUGGCACGCCGUUGAUCAGCCGGUGGGAUGGAUCUUCGAAUCGGCAUCGCUGACACGCGCCCAUCUGGUGCACCGUUAGGAGACCGCAGGCUUACGGAAAUGCCGCAAGCCGUUGGCAAAUUCGAGUCGUUCUUCCACUGCCAAAAAAACUCGUGGCCCACAGUGGAGUUCGGCCGCGCCGGCACAUCAAGCAGCCCUAUUCAGGGUCAGGGCACUGCUUCCUUCGGGGCGGGCCUGGAAAAGCUGGCCUAAAAAUUGCUGGGGAACCACGUCGUCUGCUGGCGCACCGUGGUCGCAGACGCACGGUCGAAACAAUCAAAAUCGAAACAACAACAACAACAACAACAACAACAACCAUACUCAUUCUCCUCAUCCUACCUCUUCUACCUCUUCCUCUGUCUAUUCUUCUGCCUAUUCUUCUCCUUCGUCAUCUUCUUCUCCACCUCCUUCCCGUCGCCCCACUCGCUUUCCCCAGACUGACAGGGUGAGACCGCUCACUCUGGCAGCCUGGAAUGUUCGUUCCUUUUUAGACAAUCCGAGGAGCAACCGACCGGAACGGAGGACGGCGAUAGUGGCGCGAGAACUGGCGCGCUAUAAGGUGGACAUCGCCGCACUCAGCGAGACCCGAUUCUCUGAACAAGGCCAACUGGAGGAGGUGGGUGCCGGCUACACCUUCUUCUGGAGUGGUCGACCCAGGGCAGAGCGACGAGACGCGGGCGUGGCCUUCGCCAUUCGGAACGACAUCGUGAGACGACUGCCCUGUUUGCCGCAGGGCAUUAACGAUCGCCUGAUGAGCCUCCACCUGCCUCUCUGGGGAGGCAAAUUCGUCACCAUCAUCAGCGCCUACGCUCCGCCGAUGAGCAGCCCCGAUGCCGUCAGAGACAAAUUCUACGAGGACCUGCACGCCCUCUUGGCGACUGUGUCGAAGGCGGACAAGUUGAUUGUCCUUGGCGACUUCAACGCCCGCGUCGGCACAGACCAUACUGCCUGGAGGGGAGUGCUGGGUCCCCACGGUCUCCGCGGCUCCAACGACAACGGCCUGCUGCUGCUCCGCACCUGCGCAGAACACCGCCUCAUCCUGACGAGCACGUUCUUCUGUCUGCCGGAGCGAGAAAAGGCCACCUGGAGGCAUCCUCGAUCGCGUCAGUGGCACCUGCUGGACUACGUCCUCGUCCGGAGGCGAGAUCAGCGGGACGUGCUGGUGACGAAGGAGAUCGCGGGUGCUGACGGGUGGACCGACCAUCGCCUCGUCAUCUCGAAGAUGCGAAUUCGCCUACAACCUCGCAGGAGACCACAAGGUAAGCGACCCCCAGGUAAGCUGAAUGUUGCUUUGUUGUCUUUGCCUGCUCACCGUCUUCAUUUCAGCAAUGAGCUAGCUCAACGGCUAGACAACCUUCCAAUCGCUGCCGCCGCCGACGACGCCGCCGCUGCCGAGAACGCCUCCGUGGAGAACCGCUGGUGUCAACUGCGAGACACGGUCCAGUCGACGGCGCUCGCCGUCCUCGGUCGCGCUCCCCGUCAACACCAGGAUAGGUUCGACGACAACGACGCCGCCAUCUGAAAUCUGCUUGCUGAGAAGAACCGCCUACACAAAGCCUACGUAGAUAACCCCACUGAUGCCACCGAAGCUGCCUUCUACCGCAGUCGCUGCCAACUUCAGCAACGUCUGCGCGAGAUGCAGGACGCCUGGACUGCUCGCAAAGCUGAGGAGGUCAAAGGCUACGCGGACCGGAACGAAUGGAAGAACUUCUUCUCCGCGAUCAAAGCUGUCUACGGUCCGCCGACGAAGGGCACUGCUCCUCUCCUCAGCGCCGAUGGCAUUACUCUCCUUAAUGAGAAGACGCAAAUACUACAGCGAUGA